CCCUGUCUGCAAAGAUCAUUCUUACGCUCUGCAAGACAUGUGAGAAGUGAAAGUUGACUACAAAAUGCGUUACAGUAGUAUUUGAUCAGAGUUCGCUCAGAAAAAGUGAAACUGCAUUUGAAAAAAUUAUUGUCAUUGUUUGUACUGCAUAUGUAUUAGGGAAGUGAACAAAUAAAUAUGUUUGAUAAAUGAAAAUAUUUGUGUAUCAUCAUUUAAAAAAAAAAUAAUUUAAUUAAUAGGACACUUUUUUUUUUUUUUUAAUAAAUAAGAAAACCAUUGAAUCCAAUUACAGGUCAUUUUGACCCACUUUAUUAGAGUAAAGACCCAGAGUAUUAGAGUAAGGUAUUUCUUUUUUUAUACGUUUUUUUUGUUUGUUGCGUUUUUGUGUUUAAGGUUGGAAAAGUGUUAUUUAUAAUGAUUUAUUUUGUAUAAUGUACUUACUGUAUGUUCAUGAUGAAUUACAUGGCUCUUAGGCAGGGAUUGUUGUCCUGGUGACGUCACAGCCGGUCUCUAUAUCCAGUUUAAAGAUGGCGCCUUUGCACGUACUGAUAUGCUGUCAGCGGGGUUUAGCAUGGAUACCUGUUAUUUUCAUCAACUUGGUGGUUUGCUGGUCAUAUUACGCUUACGUGGUGGAGCUCUGUAUCUACACAAUCCCUAACACUGAAGAGCAAGUUAUCUAUCUGGUAGUCUUUCAUAUAUGCUUUGUAUUGUUCAUGUGGUCAUACUGGAAGACCAUAAUUUCUAAACCCAGCAACCCUUCAAAAGCGUUCUCUUUACCAAAAGCAGAAAAAGAGGAGUAUGAAAAAGAAGAAAGACCAGAGGCCCAGCAGGAGAUCCUGAAAAAAGUUGCCAGAAGUUUGAGCAUAUACACAUGUACUGGAUCUGGAGUCAUCCGUUACUGUAAUCGAUGUCAGGUAAUCAAACCGGACAGAUGCCAUCAUUGCUCUACAUGUGACAAGUGUGUAUUGAAGAUGGAUCAUCAUUGCCCCUGGGUCAAUAACUGUGUGGGCUUCUCAAACUACAAAUUCUUUGUGUUGUUCCUGGCCUACUCCAUGCUGUACUGCAUUUUCAUUGCAUCCACAGUCCUACAAUAUUUCAUUAUGUUCUGGACCAAUCAGCUGCCAGACACUCAUGCUAAGUUCCACGUGCUGUUCCUCUUCUUUUUGGCGGCCAUGUUCUUCAUCAGCAUCCUCUCACUGUUCAGCUACCAUAUCUGGCUCGUGGCCAAGAACAGGACCACUAUAGAGGCUUUCAGAGCCCCAGUGUUCAGAAACGGUGCUGAUAAAAAUGGCUUUACUCUGGGCUACUGCAAAAAUUUUGCCCAGGUUUUUGGAGACCAAAAGAAAUACUGGUGCUUGCCUAUUUACUCGAGCUUGGGAGAUGGUUGUACUUUUCCUGCUCGAUUAUUCAACAGUGAUGCUGAACAGGGCAUUGUAGACCACCAGACCAACACAAAAUGUGCUGUGGAUGGACAGCUAAACAGCAGACCUCUCAGCGAGUCACAGAAUCAUCUCCUAAACCGUAAUGUCUCCUUGGAUGAGCAAGACUACAGUACUACAAACACUGAUAAUGGUCUAACAGUCACGGUUUCCACCAAGAGGGAGUCCUAACCAGUACCUCAGGAUGAGACAUGAUUAUUCUGAUCUCAUGGGAAUGUUGCACUCCUCUUUUAAAGACUUCAUUCAACAGAUUACAGAGCCAAAAACCUUCCUUAAGCUGCAGCUUCCUCCCGUGUGCAACUGGUAAACAGUGAACCCACAUGAAAAACCCACAUACUCUGAACUUCACAUCACACGUGAUCAUCACCAAAUUUUUCACUGUACUAACAGGAGCUUUGACUAAAUACUCCAAUUUUAUUACAUGUUACACCUACUAUUUGGGCUGAUGCUUUGCAUUUUUAUUGUGACUUUAUUUAUUUUUUUCGGUUGGAUACAGCUAUAGUACUUUCACCUCUGGUAUUAUUUUGCAGGAUUAAAAAAUAGAUUGCAGAUGUUUAUAAAACUAGAGUAUUACACCCCAAUUCCAAAAAAAGUUGGGACAGUUUUUGAAACUGUUUUGGACAUUUGAAAAUUCAAUUCACGCUGUACUAUAUUGAAAACACAUUAACACAUUAUUUGAUGUUUUACUUUGUGAAUUUAAUUUAUUUUUGAAAAUGUACACUCAUUUCAAAUCUGAAGACUGCAACACACUCCAAAAAAGUUGGGACAGUCGACUGUUUACCACUGUGUAACAUCACCUUUUCUUUUAAUAACACUUAUUAAGCUUUUGGGAACUGAAGACACCAGUUGGUUAAGUUGAGCAAGUGGAAUUUUCCCCCAUACAUCCAUUAUGCAUUUCUUCAGCUGCGCAACUGUAUGGGGCCUUCGUUGCCUUAUUUUGCGCUUCAUAAUGCGCCACACAUUCUCAAUCGGAGACAGGUCAGGACUGCAGGCAGGCCAUGCUAGCACCCACACUCUCUGCUUAUGCAAUCAUGCACUUGUAAUCUGGGCAGAAUAUGGUUUGGCUUUGUCCUGCUCUGGAUGGCAGCAUAUGUUGCUCCAAAAUGUGUACACAUCUUUCUGCAUUAAUGGUGCCCUCAGAGAUGUGCAACUUAUCCAUACCAUGACAGACGCUGGCUUUUGCACCUGACGCUGGUAACAGUUUGGAAGGUCCUUUUCCGCUUUGGCCUGGAGAACGCAUUGGCUGUUUUGUCCAAAAUCUAUUUGAAAUGUUGACUCGUCGGACCACAAAACACGUUUCCACUGUUCUACUGUCCAUCUCAGAUGAGACCAAGUCCAGAGAGGUUGGAGGCACUUCUGGACAGUGUUGAUGUAUGGCUUUGCAUAGUAAAGCCUUCACUUGCAUCUGUGGAUGCAGCAGCUAAUGGUGUUGACUGACAAAGGUUUACCAAAGUAUUCCAUGUCAGGAUAGCCAUUACAGACUCAUGACGGUUUUUAAGACAGUGAUACCUGAGGGCCCGGAGAUCAUGCGCAUUCAGAAGUGGUUUUCGUCCUUGCCCUUUAUGUACCAAGAUUUGACCGGAUUCCUUGAAUCUUUUAAUUAUAUUGUGCACUGUAGAAGGUGAAAUGCCCAAAAUUCUACCAAUUUGUCUUUGGGGAAUGUUGUUCUCAAAGUGUUUGAUUAUUUGCUGAUGGCGAGUCUCGACCCAUCCUUGCUCUUUAAGGACUAGGCCUUUUUUGGAGGCUCCUUAUAUACUAUGAUUAGAUAAUUGCCUCAGUUGUUUCACAUCACCACCUUAUUUCAACUUGUCACAUUGCUAUUAGUCCUAAAUUGCCCCGUCCCAACUUUUUUGGAACGUAUUGCAUGCAUCAAUUUCAAAAUAAACUUACCUUCAAAAAACUAUGCAGUUGAUUAGGUAAAACAUCAAAUACUUUGGCUUUAUAAAAAAAAAUUUUUUUGUUCAAAUACAAGUCAAAGUACAUUUACAAAUCACUCCUCUUUGUUUUUAUUAGCAUUUUCCAUACUGUCCCAACCUUUUCGGAAUUGGGGUUGUAGUUAAACCCACACCAGUUACAUAUACACCAAAUCAUACAGUAUUUCUAGUUUCAUUUAGAAUUCAAUUGCAGUGGGCCUAAUGAGUGGCUUGAGUGACUUCAAACAUAGCAUGGUAGUACCAAUUGUACCAGCUCUAUCAUCUCCGAAAUGCAUGUUGUCCUCAACUUGUUUGUCUGAGCUCUGAGUGGGAAAUAUAGACAGCUCUACAAUUAUAUCAACCUUUGGUAAAGAUGGAUAAAAAAGGGUUUAAAUAAUGUCUUUGUGUAACAAAACCAGAUGUCACCCCUACAUGUAGUACUUUGUGUAACCUCCUUUUACCAACAUAACAUGUGAGUGUUCUCCUAUAAUGCUUGGAGAUUAGAAAGCAAGAACUCUGAGAUGAUGCCUUAGUACAGAAUCUCUCCAGAUCCUUCAGGGUCCUAGCUCCUGUAUUGUAAAUUCUUUUCUUUAGCUCACCACACAUGUUUUCAGUAGGCUUUAGGUCAGGACAAGGACAUGAUUUUGUGGUCACUGAACUGUUUUUGUGUGGACUGUUUGUAAAGGAAAAUACAUUUGUGUCAUCUUCCAAGUAGGGUCAUUACA